UUCCUUUCUUCCUGCCAUCCCUUAGUCCCCACCCACCCUCCCUAUUUAUUCCUCCAUUUCCAUACUCUUGCUGCUAAAUUCUUCCUAUUUCCUCCAAAACCUGCCGAAUCUUUCUCACUCCAAAUCCAAAUCACCACUUAAAAUAUACAAAAAUUACAAUUAAAUUAAGAACCCCUUUUUAGAUUUUAGCCAUAAAUUUUUGUCACCAACUCACACUAAUUUCAGCAGCAGUUGGACUUUGUUGGUCAGUUUCUUGAUCUCACUCCACAAGUCUUACUAUUUCUUCCCAAACCCAUCAAAUCAAUUUAGCUCAACUUUGUGCUUCUCCAUCGAAGUUCUUGCUGUCACACCCAGUUCGUCAAAUCUUUGAUCUCCCUCCACCAAUUGAUCAAGACACCAUUUUUCCACAAUCCACACCCAUAAAUUGAGCUAAUUAGAACAACCCACUUCCCAAUUCUUCCCCUUUUUUUCUUUUUGUGUUACCAAUGUACUGCAAUCAUUCUGCUGAACAGAUCCCAAUUUGUCAAAUAUUUGAUCUCACCCCACCAAUUGAUCAAGCCACCAUUUUUUCGACAACCCACUUCACAAUUCUUCAACUUCUUCCUUUUUUCUGAACUAAUUUUCUUGACCAUGAAGCUUCAAUGGAAUCCAAUACCAAUACUUUUACACCUUUUUCUCCAAAUUACCCUUUCCACAGCUUUCGCCCCAAGCCCCAUGAACUGUACGGACACAACUCGCCUGUGCACCUCCUUUUUGGCCUUUAAGCCGGAACCCAAUGAGACUCUGCCGGUGAUUCAGAGCAUGUUCGACGUACUGCCGGAAGAUGUGACCGUUGAGGGCGGCGACGGGCGGGGCUACGUGUUUGUUAAGAAGAACUGUUCUUGUGCGGAGGGGAUCAAGAGUUACUUGACCAACACAACGUUUACUGUGAAAUCUGCAGAUGGGAAUGUUUAUGACAUGGUUAUGGAGGCCUAUGGUGGGCUGACUUUUCUGCCUAAUACCACUAGGCGGGCCGGGUACGGCGCAGUUGUGUCGUUGAGGCUGAUGUGUGGGUGCUCGAGUGGGUUGUGGAACUAUCUGAUGAGUUAUGUGAUGAGGGAUGGGGAUAGCACUGAGUCUCUGGCUAGCCGGUUCGGGGUUAGUAUGGAUAGCAUUGAGAAGGUGAAUGGGAUUAGUGAUCCUGAUAAUGUGACUGUUGGCGAUCUGUAUUACAUUCCUUUGAAUUCAGUUCCUGGUGAGCCGUAUCCUUUGGAGACGAUUUCUCCUGUUCCUGCUCCUUCUCCAUCCAAUGCCAGUGUUUCAGCAAAUGAAGAGAAUCAUAAGCCGCAUCUGCCAUAUUUAUGGAUUGUAGGGAGUUUAGGGAUCAUUCUUGUUGUGAUUGUAUUAGGCAUAGUUUUAUAUGUUUGCCUGAGGUCAUCAAGCUGCUUUACUGAAGCACAAAGAAGUAGUUCAAAAGAUCCUGAUGGUCAAGUUAGGUUUCAUGUUCUUCGGAAGCCAAGUUUUUGUUGUGCUUCGGGUAGGUACAUGUGUUGCACCUCAUCAGAUUGGAAGCAAACUAAUGGAGAUCCUUGCAGUCAGCAGACAACUAUCCCCAAAGCUAUUGGCAGUCAUGUACUUGAUGUGGAGAAGCCUGUCGUUUUCACAUAUGAAGAUAUUUUUUCCUCAACAGAUGGGUUUUCUGAUUCGCGUCUUCUGGGCCGUGGAACAUAUGGUUCCGUGUAUUAUGGCCUCCUCCGUGAGCAGGAAGUUGCUAUUAAAAGAAUGACUGCAACAAAAACUAAAGAGUUUCUGGCAGAAAUAAAAGUUCUAUGCAAGGUUCAUCAUUCAAAUCUAGUAGAAUUGAUUGGUUAUACAGCAAAUGACGAGGAGCUCUUCCUUCUAUAUGAAUAUGCCCAAAAAGGUUCACUUAAAAGCCAUUUGCAUGAUCCUCAGAACAAAGGUCAUACAUCACUUUCCUGGGUCAUGAGGGUCCAGAUUGCACUUGAUGCUGCUAGAGGUCUCGAGUACAUCCAUGAGCACACUAAAACUCAUUAUGUCCACCGCGAUAUCAAGACAAGCAACAUCUUGCUUGACGGUUCCUUCAGGGCAAAGAUUUCAGACUUUGGGUUGGCAAGAAUUUUUGGUAAAACGAGUGAUGGAGAAGCUACCGUAACCAAAGUUGUUGGUACAUAUGGUUAUCUGGCCCCAGAAUACUUGAGUGAUGGUCGUGCUACUACAAAAAGUGAUAUUUAUGCUUUUGGAGUUGUUCUUUUUGAGCUUAUAUCGGGGAAGGAGGCCGUUAUACGAACUGAAGGCACAGCCACAAAAAAUUCUGAGAGACGUUCACUGGUGUCAAUUAUGCAAACAGCUCUAAGGACUUCACCAGACUCCACGAGCAUGUCAAACUUGAAGGAUUACAUUGACCCAAAUAUGAUGGACUUGUAUCCUCAUGAUUGCCUAUUCAAGGUGGCCAUGAUAGCAAAGCAAUGUGUAGACGAGGACCCCAUCCUACGGCCUGACAUGAAGGGAGUUGUGAUUUCUCUAUCACAGAUCCUCCUAUCCUCAGUGGAGUGGGAAGCUACUCUUGCAGGGAACAGCCAGGUAUUCAGUGGCCUUGUUCAGGGAAGAUAGUGAAACCGCGAUUCUCUUUCAACCCGAUGCCUACAAUAUUUCAUUCUUUCGUCCCUCGUUUAUCUGUAUCAUUAUGUGUGUAUAGCGGCGCGUACGUAGUCAUAAGCUGGUGGUAUUUAUAGUGGCCAUUUUCGUUCGGUCCUCUUUUUUGCCCGUUUAAUGUUUUAUUCUUUGUAUUGUCAUUUGUGGGAAUUUUUUUGAUAUAAUGUAAAAUUAACUGGAGGAGCUGAGGAAGGGUUGUUUCCUUGUAUUACAAGUAAAGCUUUCAGUAGCUUAAUUAUAUAAGUUAUCUUCAGUUGAAACUU